AUGAAGCUACUACUGCUGCUACUACUACUGCUGCUACUACUACUGCUGCUACUGCUGUCGCUUCCAAAAAAAAAUCGCAUUUUAAUUCUUGCAGGUUUGAAGAUAGCGACGUUGAGAAUUUUGUUUAUGAUUGUUCCGCUCAGGGUCUUCGUUAUUAUCUUCGUUAUUUCGAACUUUUUCAACUCCAUCUUCCCAGUUCAAAGUCAAGACGAUUGCGGUUACGGCAACAUAACUGAAAUAUGCUGCAACGAUUACGGUUGCUGUUGGAGUAGCAAUGAUACUCUCUACUCGCCAAUUGGUUGUUUCAAUAUCUCGACAACAACUCAAACAACAUUGGCACAAACUAACGCUACUACAACAACAUCAACAAUUACUUCUACUACUGCUGCUGCUACUACUACAACUGCCCAAGCUGGUUCUGGUGGGGCAAGUGGGACGGCCGAUUCUGCUACUACUACUACUACUACUAAAACUACAGCUGCCACUACAGCCGCUACAACGGCUGCUGCUACUACAGCUGCUGUUAGUUCAACUAUAACCGCCGCUGUAACAACAACAACAACUCAGCCGGUUUCCAUUGACAAUUACGUCGACCCAGCGUUCCCCUGUUUCAACCUGCAUGCAAAAGUUUCAUACUCCUUCGACAUCAUAUACCUGAUCGAACCACAUACUCCGGUCCAAUGCUUUCAAGCUUGCAACUCGAGUUUUCAAUGCUUGGCUUUCCAGGUUUCUAGAUCUGGCAGCGGAGUGUGCGGUGUUUAUUAUAAGGAGGUCAAUACGUCGGCCCUGACCACUUCAACUGCUACGUCUGUCUAUGUCUUUGAUACAACUACCUGCACUAAACCAAUUCUCUCUGAGCUCUGCAGCACGAACAACGUCUUCUACAACACAACGUACAAAUGUAGUAGUGGCCUCAUUGUGGCCGACAACAUCAGAAGUGAAGUCGACUGCAAAGCUUACUGCGCGUGUGGAAUCGUCGACUGCAUGGCGGCUGUCGUCAGGAAUAUCACCAACAUCAUCGAAUGUUACGUAAUAAUGAACGGGGCCGAUACUUCAAGUUACCAGCUCUGCAAUGUCCAAGUCAAACAAUUCAUCGUUGAGAAUCCUGUGAACGUGAACAACAAUAAUCGUGUCACAGAUAUCACCGUGCCAACAGGCAUACCACCAACUACAGCACCCAUGUACGAUAUGCAAUGUUGGAGUCCACCCGAAGUUAAAAACGCCGAACAAGCACUUUAUAAAGACCAACUCGGCAUGGCUGUUAUAUACACCUGCAACACUGGUUAUGCUUUCUCUUCCGGUGAAAAAGUUCGAACGUUGAUAUGUCAGAAAUACGAUUGGGGUUCUAUUGUUCCAGAAUGUGUCCCUCAAAACUGUUCAAGCUCAACUACGGUUUAUAAACCGUCUCAGAUAAUAGAAAAAAUUUGUCCAAGUGAUGAUGGCAGCGCUGCUCCGAAAUUUUUCAGAAAUGGUGGAAAGCAGGAAUGUUCGAAAUGCACGUCUGUGAAUGGGAAGCCCACACUUGUUGCACCGCCAUCCGAAUGCACCUACGGAUGUGUGAGUCCUCUGGUCAUCUACAAUACAACUGCGAAAUAUUAUCCGGAUAUUGGGACCACCGUCUACAGAUGCUUCAAAGGUCACAGAUUUCCUGACGGAAGAUCCGAACAGACGGUCACGUGUUUCAAAGAGAAUGGUAGUUGGCCGGAAAUAGAACCUUGCAAUGGUGGGCACAGUUACAACGCAAUCACCACUACAGUCAUCAACGUCAUCCUCAUCUUCAUCGUCAUCAUCACGACAACAGCCCUAUUUUGUGACGACAUGAUAGUGACCGAUCGAGUAAAAUUAAGUACCAAAGAUACAAUAUACGGCACCGUAUUAUCGGCCAAGUGCGAACCUGGCUUCAUGUUCCCGCAUUUCAAAACUAACAAGAUGUAUGAAUGCAUAGAAGUCAAUAUAACCGGUCUGGUUUCGGCGAUGUGGAACGAUACUGUCGAAAAUUGUAGUGAUGUGAUCUGCACCAACCCCCACCAGAACGACACAAGUUCAGUUGCUAACUAUGAUCCACUCGAGUUUCCAACCAGGCCCUAUCCAUUCAUGACGGACAUUCAAUAUACGUGCUUAGUUCAAAGCCAGAAGUUUGACGAUGGUACCAAGUUACGGCACCUCAAAUGUACGGACAACGGACAGUGGAAUUUCGAUAACGUUCAUUGUGGAGCCAAUCGCUGCGACCCAAUCGGUACAAUUCCCUUCGCCACGCCGCUUUCCAUAUUGGCUCUCAAAAAUUCGAACGUGACGUACGUUUGCGACGUUGGCUACUGGUUCGAGAAGGCGGUCACCAGCAUGUCAAUCAUCUGCGAUGGAUCCAACUGGUCGCCCGCUAAAUAUUCAAAGUGCUUUCCUGUAACUUGUCCAGUCGUAAACAUCUCUAACUCCUACUGGAACACCUCGGAAUCACAGUUGCCCUACUUGACCGCCAUGACAGUUUCUUGCGCCCCCGGUCAUUACGUCAAAGGGAUGGACAAGGUGAAUGUCAUUUCAGUUGUUUGCCAGGUUGACGGCACUUGGUCUGUGGAUGUCAAAUGCACUGCCGUAGAUUGCGGUUUAGUCCCGUCCGUAGAGAAGGCAUACAUUGUUACGGAAGACAUAAUCACGACAUUCAACCACACCAUUGAGUAUGUUUACGUAUGCCUGUAUGAAUGCCUGAAUGGGUACUGGUUCGGAAGGGAUGGAUACGACCUGAUAAUAAGAUGUGGCGAGAACGGCAGAUGGAGCACGGUGGAGGCGGCUGUCACUGAUCCGAAAAAAUGGAGGACCUCGGUAACAUGCACCCCGAUGCUUUCCUACGUCUCCACCAACUUCACUUCCAGCGUGGGCAGCCUUCUGAACCUAACUUGUUCGACCGGCAAGAAGUUCAAGGACGUUAAAGACACCUCCAUCAUCGUCUCGUGCAAUCCCGCCGGACUCUGGCUUCCAGCUGUUCCCGACUGCGUUGGUACGCUGUUGAUGAUGCUGAUGUAUUCAAAAGAAACAAAGCCUUGGGUUAUAAAAAUUCCCUAUAUAAACGGCAACAAGUACUGA